GGCCCUGAUUCAUCUGACGACGACUCAUCCCCCUUAUAUACUCUUUCUCCAUUCUCCCCCACAGCGCCCUUCACCUCUGUUUCUUCCUCUUCUUUUUCUCCUUCCUCGUUCGUUUUCUUCCUUUUUGCCCUACUUGUUAGGGUUUCGGAUGCUCUGACGCCGGCUGUUUUUCUAAUGCAAUCGUCUCCUGAAGGCUUCUCUCUUUUUUGGGUCGUCGCUCUUUUGUUCAUACAUCUCUUCUUUUUUGCUCUCUCGGCGGGGGUUUCUUGUCAGAAACGGAAGCCAUGCCUACUCUCCUCAAUUACAGCGGCGAGGAUGACAUGUAUUCGGGGGGUUCAUAUUACUCAAAUUCCAUGGAUUCUAGCCUCCUGUUUUCUCUUGGUUCCCAUGUGGAUGUGUACUGCCCUCCCCGCAAACGGUCUCGCAUUAGCGCCCCAUUCGUCCUUAGGAAAAAUGAAAUUGAGGAGGACAAGAAGCCCUCCAUUGAGGUCCUUCCCGAUGAAUGCCUCUUUGAGAUCUUCAGACGCCUCAAUGGAGGAAAAGAGAGGAGCUCCUGUGCUUGUGUUUCCAAGCACUGGCUAAUGCUAAUGAGCAGCAUACGUAAGGGUGAAUUUUGCAACAAGGAGGCAUCUCAUCCCGUUCAAAAUGACGUUGAAAUGGUCACUGGUGAUGAAGAUCAGGACCUCGAAAAUGAUGGGCACCUUACGAGGUGCUUUGAAGGGAAGAAAGCCACUGAUUUGAGACUUGCUGCCACUGCAGUAGGAACCAGUGGACAUGGGGGACUCGGCAAGCUUUCCAUCCGGGGUAGCAACCCAACCCAUGGAGUCACUGAUCGUGGUCUCUCGGCAAUUGCCCGUGGUUGCCCUUCUCUGAGAGUUCUUUCUCUGUGGAACGUGUCUUCUGUUGGGGAUGAUGGUCUAAUUGAGAUAGCUAAUGGGUGCCCCAUGUUGGAGAAGCUUGACCUCUCUGAGUGUCCUUCAAUUUCCAAUAGGGGUUUAAGUGCAAUUGCUGAGAAGUGCCCUAACCUGACUACUUUGAAUAUUGAGUCGUGUUCUAAAAUUGGCAAUGAGAGUCUGCAAGCUGUUGGAAGGUUCUGCACCAAAUUACAAUCGGUCUCUAUCAAAGGCUGCCCUCUUGUAGGGGAUCAAGGGAUUGCAUGUCUGUUGUCUUCAGCCACUUCUGUUCUAACAAAGGUAAAGCUUCAGGCCUUGAACAUCACAGAUUUCUCUCUUGCUGUAGUUGGACACUAUGGCAGGGCUAUUAACAGUCUUGUUCUAAGUAGUCUCCAAAAUGUCAGUGAAAAAGGCUUUUGGGUUAUGGGUAAUGCUCAGGGUUUGCAGACACUCAUUUCUUUGACAAUUACAUCCUGUCGAGGAAUAACAGAUGUGAGUCUUGAAGCCAUGGGAAAGGGUUGCCCGAAUUUGAAGCAGAUGUGCCUUCGUAAGUGCUGCUUUGUGUCUGACAAUGGGCUGGUAGCCUUUUCCAAGGCUGCCAGAUUGCUUGAGAGCCUGCAGUUGGAGGAAUGCAACAGGGUCACCCAUACAGGGGUUGUUGGUGCCCUUUCAAACUGUGGAUCAAAGUUGAAGUCUCUUGCGCUAGUAAAGUGCAUGGGAAUUAAGGAUUUGACUCCGGGACUCCCUGUGCCCUCUCCUUGCAAAUCCCUCCGAACCUUGUCCAUCCGUAAUUGCUCAGGAUUCAGUAGUUCUAGCUUGGCUAUGGUAGGGAAGUUGUGCCCUCAGAUCCAGAAUAUAGAUCUGAGUGGGCUGUGUGGGAUUACAGAUGCUGGCCUUCUUCCACUUUUGGAGAGCUGUGAGGCUGGUCUUGCUAAGGUGAACCUUACUGGCUGCUUGAACUUAACAGACGAGGUGGUGCUGUCUAUUGCUAGGCUACAUGGUGGAACACUACAACUCCUUAAUCUUGAUGGCUGCAGGAAGAUAACUGAUGCUAGCUUGUCAGCAAUUGCAGGCAACUGCCCAUUACUCAACGAUCUUGAUGUGUCAAAGUGUGAAAUUACAGAUUCUGGUGUUGCCACUCUCUCUUGUGGAGAGCUGCUCAAUUUACAAAUUCUCUCUCUGUCCGGAUGUUCAAAAGUUUCAAACAGCAGCAUGCCUUUCCUGAGCAAACUGGGCCAGACCCUGAUUGGGUUGAAUCUCCAACACUGCAAUUCAAUCAGCAGCAGCACAAUAGAGCUGCUAGUGGAGAAUCUGUGGAGGUGUGAUAUCCUGUUCUAAUCCUGUUUGAAGAGAAAAUACUUGUUUUACAUAUUCAAACGGGUAGAUACCAACUAGGUCAAGAAACUCAACUACUUGGUUCAACUUGACAGAUUCCUGAAGCAUUUAGUUGCCAUGCCAUAUCACACGGUAGCAAUGGACCUGCUUAUAGCUCAGUGGCUUGGUUGUUUUCCGGGGAACUUUGGCAGAUCACUUUUCCAUCCCUCUCUUUUUUGGCAGGUUUCCUGAUCAAAGUGAAGCUUGUUGGACUUGUUUAGUCUCCCACUGAUGGGGGCUGCCUCUUUCGUCGCCAUUGUUCCCUGAGAAUACAGAAUACAGCUACUGUUGUGUUUUUGAGUAUCCAUUUCAAGGUGUGUUAGGUCCAUGUUAGGGUUUGCCAUAUGUUCUAUGCUUACGGUGUUUUAGCUUUGGCACACAUUCCUUUCAGGGUGUGCUUGGAGAAAGCUUUGUCUAUUUCCGUCUUAUCUAGUCUGUUUUCUGAGUCGCUUCGAGAUAGUUUUCCAUUAGUCGGGAAGGGUGUUUCAUGUGUAUGAAAUCCUUUCUGAUGUGGUGGGAGUCCUUUUUUUCGUAGUUCUUAUGCUUUGGUUGCUUUGGGCAGUUCUACAUGUAUGGGCUUUGGCAAAUGGCAGUAGCUGCUAGUCUGUACGCUUUGCCUUGACAACUUUGUUUUUGGUUUUUUUUUUUUUGUAACCUUUACCAAGCCCUAGUUUUGCAGGUGUCUCCUGUUUAUGAAUUGUACUCUGCGGCUACUUUCUUAUCCAGUAAUGUAUUUGUUGUUUGCUUCUGUGUUU